GAGAAAUACGACACAACUAAUUAGUUCAGACGCGCUUACGUGCUUUACGUGACGUUAAAGUUUGUGACUGUUUUUAAUUGUUAUUUUGAGAGGCUAAAUUACUAUACACAUACUAUAAAAUGGUUCGUCCACUGGGUCGAGAAAAGUUGAAAGUCAAACGUCUGAGAGGAAACGCUAUCGGACUCAACCUGGUCGCAGUGCGAGAUAUGUUAACGGACCCGCCAAAAGCUAUGGUUAACAACACUGAUAGCAAAGCUGAUCCUUUCCAACGAUCUAAACAAAGAUUCAGACCUUUCAACUACGCGCUUCAGAUCUGCUGCCGGAAGGAGUCAAGAAAAUACCCUAUCAACAGUGAUUCUGAAGAUGUGUCUAUUAAUGAGGAAAAGGAGACCACAGAUGAAUUGACAAAUAGCUUGAUGGAGAUUAAACCUAAAGACCACCCUUCAAUCACGGUAGUGUGCCAUCUUACAGAUCCUGUUGUGCAUCCCAAGAAAACCAAACAUGAUACAUUUAUCCUUGACCAAUCCCAAGACAAACAAAUUAAACGAAGACAUCGAAUGAGAGACGAGUUUGGAAACAUUGUGAAAAAACCCAAAACCAGGAAGGUAACAUCUCCAAACAGAGACGCUGCUGAAAGGUUAAUCAGACUUGUACUCAACAUCAGAUGUUUAAAAGUUGGAACGUUGACCAAGAUAUUCAGAAGAUCUGAUACACUGACCGCCCAAUCCAGGUUUACAGUGGAUUACAUUGAGAUCACAAAUGUAGUGUCGUCACUAACACUACGUAUAGAAACAUCAGAGGUCACCAGUUGUGAAUGGUGUACUGUGCAGAGGCUGCCUGCUCUGUUUCUACAGACAACACCUGUGGCACGCCACCGUCUGCGUGCCCAGAUUGUGUAUUAUGUGUGUGAAGAUCAUUCACUGGCGUGGGGUGACUGUGAGAGCAAGAAUCAAGAUGGGAAAUACCUUGUCCUUAUUUUUGAGGAAGAGCUUUCAUUCCCAGACCAGCUUAUCCUUGAGGAAAUAUUCACAGAGAUUGGCAGGAGAAAUAACAUCUGCAGUUGUCCAGUUAAACUGUCAUUUGAAGAAGCCUGUAUCAGGCUAAAGACGCACAACUGUAACCAAAGACAGCAGAUCACUGUGCUUAAGCCUAAAGAGGAUGAACUUCCUGUCAUGAGUCAGACUUUGGUACCAAUUUCACCCUCUCCUGAUCCCACUCGAUGCGAAACUGCAACCCUCAGCCUUUCAGACAGCGAUGAGGAUUUGAUAGUGGUUCCCUCGUCGCCUGGACAUGAAAUCAAAAAACUGCUUGUUUACCCCCCUCCGCCAGCCAAAGGGGGGAUAAGUAUCACAGAAGAGGACCUCAGCUGUCUGGAAGAAGGCACAUUCCUAAACGAUGUGAUAGUAGAUUUCUAUCUGAGGUUUUUAGUUUGCGAGCAGCUAAAAAGAGAAGAUGCCAUGGAGUGCCACGUGUUCAGCUCUUUCUUCUUCAAGCACCUCACUAAGGAAGAUCACAAAAGGCCUCCAGAAUCUACAGGUUUAUCCAUUCAAGAGCUCAGGCAUAACCGGGUGAAAACUUGGACAAGGCAUGUGAACAUUUUUGAGAAGGACUUUAUAUUUGUCCCGAUUAAUCAAAAGGCUCACUGGUUCCUGGCUGUCAUCUGUUUUCCUGGCCGAAUUUCACAGACCAGCGAUUCAGAUGCUUGCUUCAAUGGACAUUCAGCAGAGUAUCUUUGCGAUCAAUCUCUACCCAAUCCCAUGUCUCUCUUUUACCGUCAGGAAUCUUCAGAGAACGGCUCUACAUGGAGUCAGUCCAUAGGUGACUUGAACAAUAGUUUCUUGUUCGAUUCCGAUGAUGAAAUUAAGGCCAGCCAGGAUUUUGAGGAGACAUGUGCCCUUAACAGCGAAAGAAAUGACUCCAAGCGGCCUUGUAUACUCAUUAUGGACUCCCUCCACUCCCGAGCCAGAUCAUCAGUGGUGCAGAUACUCCAAGAAUACCUUCAAGAGGAAUGGAGGGUAAAGAAGGGUUAUUCACAAAGUUUUGGAACGGGUGUGAUGGAUGGAUGGAGUCCCCGUGUCCCGCAGCAGGAUAACUAUACAGACUGUGGCAUCUAUCUUCUACAGUAUAUGGAGAGUUUCCUCAAGAAUCCACCUCAAAGCUUCCAUCCCAGCAUGGACCUGAAUGACUGGUUUUCACAGAAGACAGUGAAGAAAAAGAGGAAGCAAAUCAAACAACUCAUUCUGAAGCUUCACCAAGAGCAGCAGUUCGACAUUUAGGUCACUUCUACAGGUCAUUCAAUGUUAAUACAACCUCAGCCACUUCAUGUGACAUGUAAUACAAAUGUAAUUGUGCCAAAACUACAGGUUCGUUUAAUUAAUAUGAAUUUUCAUACGUUUUUUGCUUUGGAAAUGGCUAACACAUUCAUGAACUUUAGUAAGUAAUUGUAAAUAGAAAAAUCUAAAUAAAGUUUUCUGUGUUUGUGUGUUCUAAAAAUGUUUUAAGUCUCAUUAAUAUGGGAUAUCUACUACCUAUUUAGAAGAUAAACAGUUUGGGCAAUGCUGUUAGACAAGAAUG